AUGGCUAGACGCGUUCUAAAGUGUGUGCAGUUAAAUCUUCAUAAAUCCAAAUCUGCGACACAACAGCUAAUUUUAAAUAUGGAAGCUGAUGAUAUUGACUGUGCUUUGGUUCAGGAACCUCAUUAUUACAAGAAUUUUCUUCCAGGAUAUCCUGGCACUUAUAGACUUUAUUGUGAUCCUAAUUCUGAUAAUGUAAAGGCGGCAAUCAUUAUUCGAUCACGUGAUCUAUCAACAUUUCUUGAUUAUAAAAAUACGGAUUAUAAUAUGGUCACCUUGGAUGUUACUGUUGGCUCAACUGUGCUCACUCUUUUUUCAUACUAUUUUGAACCCUCAAGAAACAUUGACUUAGAUCUUCAUAAAAUUAGUCAAGUCUUUAUGUCCAAAAAUCUUAAUCGACUGGUUUGGUGUAUGGACUCUAAUGGCAAAUCUGAAUUAUGGUUUAGUCCCUAUUCUGACUCUCGUGGAGAUAAACUGAGUGAAUUUAUUUCUGCCAACAACCUAUUUGUUAUUAAUGAAGAUUAUGGACCUACGUUUCAGGCAACUCAGGGUUCUAGUUAUAUUGAUGUUACUGUUAUUGGUUCAGAUCUUCUCCAGGAUAUUUCGAGUUGGCGGCUGUCUGAAAAAGAAUCCCUUUCUGAUCACAUGAUGAUUGAAUUUGAAUUUUGUCUUCUACGUUCUUACGAGACACCUCAAAUGUUCCUUUUAAAAUCUUCAAUACAGGGAAAGCAAAUUGGGAUCGCAUCUCAAAUUUCCAUACCUGUUAGGAAUCAUGGUAAGCACAAUGUUCCUUGGUGGUCUGCCGAAAUUUUUUGUAUGAGAAAAAGGCUUAAUGCCUCUAGGCGUAGAUUUCAGCGUUGUAAAAAUCCGCCUCUUAGAGAACUUUAUAAAAGUAAAUAUCUUGAAUAUAGAAAAGUUUACAAUCUAAAGCUUGCCGAUGCUAAAUCUCAGUCUUGGAAAACAUUUCUUUCGACCAUUGAUGUUCACAAUGUAUGGAAAAAGAUUUACACGUAUGGAGUUAAAAAGAGAUUUCAUGAAAAAAAUUGA